AUGAAUGCCAUCGAGCAGGCCUUUUCGGCCAGCAUCAACACCAUGGACCCGGACCAGGUCAAUGCGAGCCUCGACAGCCAGAAGCGUUGGCCCAUACACAAGGACACGGCGCUCUGCAGCAACAUCAUGAGCACUAUCCAGGCCCCCGAAGGUUCGCUCAGCAUCCAAGAAUCCACCAUUCCGGAUGCUGGCUCGGGCCUAUUCAUCAAGCGGGAUCUUGCAGAGGGCGAGCUCAUCUUUACGUCUGUGCCGCUUGUUCUGUGCGCAGAGGUUGGCCAGGGCAUGGAGGCGUGCGAUUUCUGCUUCCAACAGAGACGAAGAGUCUUUCAUCCUGUGGAGGACCGCUUUCUCCAACCUGGAGAGGUUCUACCCCCUCUCCACAUCUGCAAUGGCUGCCGCAUGUACCAGUACUGCUCGAAGUCUUGUUGGCAACGGGCCUGGGACACGGGCCAUUUAUACGAAUGCGGCUUGCUUGCCGGCGCGUCAACCGAUGUUGAGACGAGAACAUUAUACCGUCUCUUGAUUCUGAUGCGAAAGAAAGUCUUGUUGGCACAGCAGGUAAAAGCCCUGGCCAGGCUUGAGCACGAGGUGGCCAACUUUGAGAGGCGCACCAAGAAAAGCUGGCCGAGGAUCAUUAGCAUUGCCCGCGAAGCCAGGGAACGGACCAAGAGCGAGCUUAGCAUUGGUGAGAUAUUGAUGCUGUAUGGUAUUAUUCGUUGCAACUCGUUGCCGGUCGAUCAAACCUAUCGAAACGCACCGCUUGGCAACGCCCUUGACUUUGGAGGAGCUCUAAUCAACCACUGUUGCGAUCCCAAUGUUGUCAUUGUGUUCAACAGCACUCAGGUGCAGGUUCGGGCUCUCAGAAAGCUCAAGGCCGGCGAGGAGCUCCUUCAUUGCUACCGAGACAUUGCAUAUGACUUCACCUUUCGCAAUCCGCGAAUUGCGGCGAGAUAUCAGUUCAGAUGCCAGUGCGACAGAUGUAGAGAAGAGUCCGAUCGUCACUAUAAAGAGGCCAAGAACGAGUCCGACGUGCUUCCGCUCAUCCUGAGCACACAGGCAGCCUUGUUCGAUAUCAUAGACGUUUCCAAGAAACAAGCUUUUGUAACGCCCACCGCAUUCAACGUCGAACUGCAGUUGGGCAAAGUAAACCAUAUCCUAAAGACUGGCUAUGCUGGGGGUCCCUGGCCCAACAACCUCGAGCCGCUGCCGACGGUGCUCAAGGCCCUGGCAGCGCUAUGCGAGAGGCAAGGAGACCUCAUCAACAGCAUCAAGAUCCGGAUCAAGGCCUUGGCCUUUACCAAGUGGCGAAAAGGCCUCCCCUGGUCCGAGGAUCUCAUCGACUUUGUGCUCAGUCUGUCGACUCUCACCAUGUUCCCAAGUCAUCCGUCGCUGCGGGACCCUUCCUUGCCGAAGCAUAAGGAGUUUCAAGACAUCUUCAUCGGUCACCUCCACACGCUGCACGGGAUACUGCUCAACUUUUACGGGCCCCAAGGACGGACGACGGGCAUCGUCCACACCUUUUUACAGCAAGAAAAGGGCAGCUACAACGGACCCGUGCCUGGAACGAGGGCUUUUAGGCGCAGGUUCAAGGCGUCUCAGGAGAACGUCCUCAAGUGGGCGGGAGUCGACGAGGGGCUCUGGACUGUAGAAUAG